GUGAGGGAUUGACGCGACGUUUAGUUGUCUGGAGGUUGGCACCGUGAACGGAUCGAAAUGCAGGCUCAAACAUAUAUUUUCGCUAUUUUGGUAGUCCUCUGCUGCUUUGGAAAUCCUCUGAAGGUCGCCGCCAGUCGCCUGAGAAUGCCCAGUUUGCCAAAAGGACUCGACCAGUUUAACUGCCGGAAUGAGAGCUUUGGAAUGCAUUUUAACCUGACACGACUCUCUGGCUAUUGGUAUGAGGCUGGUCGAGUGCCCAAUGUACAGGUCCUCGAGUGUCUGAAUGUCUCGGUUCCUGCUGAGAUCGAUAACAACACCCUUUCGCUGGAUCUAAACUUCAUCAGCACGGUCAACAACGAUUGGAGCUUCACCCAGGAAGCCGUCGACUUUCCCUGGGACAACGAGACGCAGGCCGGCGUCUUUAAUCUCAAGUUCGAUACGGUCAGUGUGACCUACAAGCUGGUCUUAACGGAUUACGAAAAGUUUGCCUUUAUCUGUGGAUACGCUAGCAUCUCCCCUGUUCCGCUGUUCAAGCUUUUUUCCCGAGAAAGGGAGAUUGGCCAGGAGACGAUUGACUUUGUCCAGGGAUUUGCGGAGAAAUAUGGAGUGGCUUCUCAGAUCGCGUGGGAGAAACAAUCGCCAGAUCAGUGCAAUGGAUCUAGUGAUCGAACUCCUAUAGCUAUUCUACUGGCCUUCAUUUCUGUCUUUUGGGUUCUCAGCUAGGGAACUUGAAUUUUGCACUUAGACGUUGUUAUUUACUUAGUGAGUAUUCAAUUUUUUCGCUAGACAUAACUAUCAGUACAAACUCUUAUCAAUGUU